GGGCGGAGCGCGCAUGCGCAUGCGCAGACGGCGCACUCUCUCUCACUGACUGCAGCAGGGAGACGGCAGGACGCAGGAUGAAUAGAGCAAGAAUAACCGUUAAUGUCCAGAUGGGAAUAUGUUGGUAGAGCAUGGCGACGUCCGAGAGAAGACAAAGCUUUUUCUAGAUAGCGACACUGCCUCUUAUAACGGGGGACGUGGAGGACCAUUGAGGAGAAAAACAGCCGAAUUUAUUAAGGAAAAAACGAAAAAGUCGGAUUUGAAGCGUUGAAUUCCUUCGGAGAGAUGUCAUCGUUGAUGUGAGGCUGCAGCUGUGAAGAUGAUGGGAGAUCUGACCCACUCCAGAGAUCCCAGAAACACUUUCAUUGUCCCUGCCAUCAAGUCUUCUGAUCAUUAUGAUUUUAAUAGAGCUAAAAUCAGAGCCAGCCUCACAUGGCUGGUGGCCAAAGCCUUCGGUACAGACAGUGUUCCAGGAGACCUGAAUGAGCCUUUCUACAGGGACCAGUAUGAGCAGGAGCACCUGAAGCCUCCGGUGGUGAGCCUGCUGCUGUCAGCUGAGCUGUACUGCCGAGCAGGAAGUCUGAUUUUAAAGAGCGAUGCUGUCAAACCUCUGCUGGGUCAUGACGCCGUCAUCCAGGCUCUGGCUCAGAAGGGCCUGUACGUCACUGACCAGGAGAGACUGGUGACCGAGAGAGACCUGCAGAAGAAACCCAUCCAGAUGAGCGCCCACCUGGCCAUGAUUGACACGCUAAUGAUGGCGUAUACAGCAGAGACGGUGAGUGUGGAGAAGGUGAUGGCCUGCAUGCAGCAAUACUCCACCGAUUACACAGACGGAGACGUGCCCUACGACACAGAGGAUGCAGUCACUAGCUGGAUGAAUAAGGUGAAUGAAUACUUGAAAGAAAUCAUAAUGCAGGAGCAACGGAGGACGGAGGCGCAGAACGCAGAGCCUGUUGAGAAUCCAAAGUCUCCGACCAAGUGGUAUAUGAAGCUGGUUCCUGCACGUUACAGGAAGGAGCAGGUUCUGCCCAAGAUGAUGCCGUGGAUCCCUCCAGUGGACAACCUCCUGAAGGACAGCACGGAUGGCUGUGCCCUCGCCGCCCUCCUGCACUUUUACUGCCCCACCAUCAUCCUCCUGGAAGACGUUUGCCUGAAGGAGACCAUGUCGCUGGCAGACAGUCUGUACAACCUCCAGCUCGUCCAGGACUUCUGUAAGGAACACUUGAACCAUUGCUGCCACUUCAGUCUGGAGGACAUGCUCUACGCUCAUUCUUCCAUCAAAAAUAACUAUCUUGUGUUUAUGGCUGAGCUGUUCUGGUGGUUCGAGGUCGUUAAGCCACCAUUCAUCCAGCCUCAGGUGUUGGAUACUGAAGCACCAGCCCCUUCACUGAAAAAUCUGCCAUCUGUGCCCAUCUCAAAGGUCACUAAGAGAAGUUUCAUGGAACAACCACCUAGUCCAGACAGACCAAGUCUGCCGCUCCGACCUCAACCACAGACUCCAGGCUCAGGUGAGAUCAAGAGAUCGACCUCAAUGUCAUUUGUGGAAAGCUUUAUGGGUACUUGGCCCAAAGAGAAGUCUGCUGCUCAGGGAGUGUUCUUUGAAAUCCCAUUUGAUAAAGAGAGCACCAAUCAAACACCUACUGGACUGGGGAUGACUCGCUCUGUCAGCACUGAAGGUUUUGGUUCCAAGAUACCCCACGGCACCAAGGGCAUCAAAAGAAACCUGUCCUUUCAGCCAGUUAAUGGCAAGAACAUGGGCAUUGAGGAGGAAGUCUGUCCUGACAGCCUGUCAGGAAAUCAUAAUAGCCAUCUAAAUGGCUCAGGGCCACCUAGCAUUGAAGAGGCCCUUGAGAUCAUCCACAACUCAGAGAAGAAAUCUCAGAGCCCCAGGGCCCAUGCGCCCAGUGAGGGCUUCUUUCUUCACCUCCAGAAUAAAAGUGAUUUGAACCCUGAAGCAAAGGAUGCCGAGCUAGACUCCGUUUCAGAAUCAUCCAAAGGGAUUGCUAGCACAUCCACCACUGAAGUAGACACCGGCAUCCAUGUGCGGACAGAGGACAUCCAAGAGACACUAGAUGAGGAUUCAUCCCUAAGGGAUUGUACUGUCAGCAUGGAGCUUGACACAGAUCAAGACUUUGAAGCAAGAGCUUCCCAUAGCCAGGGCUCUACAAGCCCAUGUCCCAGCACCCUAAGCAGCAAGUCCCCUGCUGGAAGUACCCCUGGGAUUAAGAUGACCAGCUUUGCUGAGCAGAAGCUCCGUAAACUGAAUCCAAACAUGGAGGCUAAAGGUGCUGCUUCCCAAAGUACAACACCAGACGGAUUAGAUCUCGGUAUUCCUCACUCUGUCUCCUGGGCUCCUUCACCUGAGGUGAGCCCUGCACAUCAGCCAUCCAAAGACCCGGCCCAUGCCAUGGCUGCGGAAAUGGUGCAGCUGCGUAUGAGACUUGAGGAGAAGCGUCGAGCUAUUGAGUCUCAGAAGAAGAAAGUAGAGGCGGCUUUUACCCGACACCGCCAGAAGAUGGGACGCAGUGCCUUCCUCACAGUUGUCAAGAGGAAAGGAGUAGAUGGCACCUCACCUUCUCAGGAGGACACUCCUAGCUCGGAGGGAAGCAAGACACCAGCGGAGACACCUCAGCCAGUCAAGUCUCCGGUGAAGUCUGCGGGUGAAGACGGGGCAUCCGAGGCAGAUCUGAUGGAAUACACACGUUCCAUUGAGAAGCUCAAUGCUUCCCUAAGCUUCUUGCAGAACGAGAUGCAGCGGCUGGCCCAGCAGCAGGAGGUAAUCAUGCAGAUGCGGGAGCAACAGGCUUGGGUUGUGUCACCACCUCAACCUUCUCCACAAAAGCAGGUGCGAGAUCUCCGAGGGAGUGGGGCGCGCUCUUCUGGGUCUCCCUCACCUGCGGAUUCUCCUAGAGCUACGCACCGUUCCCCUACAAACCUUAAGAGGAAGUCUGCUUCUUUCCAUUCAAAGACACCAAGGACACCCAGACCCAGUGAGCUAAAGGUCACUCCCUUCAACCGAGUCCUGACCGUUCCACAGUCGGUGGACAGCAUACCACGCUUAAGAAGGUUCUCCCCAUCUCAGUCCAUGUACUGCUCAUUUUCUUAUUUGGGAAAUGAGAAGAAACCACCAUCAGGAGUUGAAGCCACAGAGAAAGGCAUAGAACAAGGCCUUGAGUCUUUAUCAAUUGAAUGUUCUUCUGGUACCAUUACCUCCCCAUCCAAUGAAACCCAGCAGGCUGUAACUGAAGAUGUUGACUCAUCAGCCAAGGAGCCAGAAGAAAGGGUAGAGGAGAGCAAGAAGGAGAACGAGGCAAAAGAAGAAAGGGAACAGCUGAAGAAGCCAGCAAAUGAGAUCAAGCCGGCAGUGGAAUCUAGUGUGUCGGAAGUUUUGACGCAGAUUGUAAUGGAGACCGUCAUUGUCACUCCCACCGAGCCAGCUGAUAUUGCCAAUCAGACCAACAAAAAUUUGAUUGAGGUUCCAUUGUCUGUUCUCAAGCCCCUGGAUGGACAGACAUUACAAGAUGAAGGCGAGAAGGAAACCUCAGGGGAAAAUCUGGACGAUGAGCAGAAAAUGUGCCGUGGAUUCUUCUUUAAGGAUGAUAUGAAGGAAGAGGACAGCAUGGCCAUGAAACGGGCAGCAAUUCUGGAGAAAAGGCUGAGAAGGGAACGGGAGAGCCAGCAAAGGAAACAACAGCUAGAGGCGGAGCUUGAGCAAAAGAAAGAAGAGGCCAGAUUGAAAGCAGAGGAAGACCGCAUGAAGAAGGAAGAAGACAAAGCCCGGCGGGAGUUUAUCAAACAAGAAUACCUGAGGAGAAAACAGCUGAAGCUUAUGGAGGACAUGGACACGCUGGUCAAACCACGGCCUAUGGGGGCCAAACAGAGAAAACCACGGCCCAAGUCCAUCCACAGAGAUGUGAUGGAGUCCCCCAGGACUCCUGUCAGGGCCACGGCAGGUUCACGACCUCGUGUUUUUUCAGUUUCCAGCCUGUCUCUGGCGUCUCUUGGAGAUAAUGACAGUGUCAACUCGGAUAAGAAAACACAAAGUAGGCCUGACUCAGCAGACGGUUGCCUGUCGCCCACUCGCUCCAGCAGCCGUAAUGAAGAGAAAGACUGGGAGAAUGGUUCCACCACAUCCUCACUUACGUCCAAUACCGAAUACACAGGUCCUAAAUUAUAUAAGGAACCCAGUGCAAAGUCAAAUAAGCAUAUCAUUCAGAAUGCUUUGGCACAUUGCUGUUUGGCUGGCAAAGUCAAUGAGGGACAGAAAAACAAGAUUUUGGAAGAAAUGGAGAAAUCAGGGGCCAACAACUUCCUGCUCCUGUUCCGGGAUUCCGGCUGCCAGUUCCGCUCUGUCUUCACAUACUGCCCCGACACAGAGGAGAUCAACAAGUUGGCCGGCAUCGGUCCUAAAACCAUCUCGCGCAAGAUGAUUGACGGCCUCUACAAAUACAACUCAGACAGGAAGCAGUUCAGCCAAAUACCAGCCAAGACCAUGUCGGCCAGCGUCGAUGCCAUCACGAUCCACAGCCACCUGUGGCACACCAAAAAACCAGGAACGCCGAAGAAAGUAGUGGCCCUGAAGUCCUAGUGCUCCUCGACGCCGGACGUACACAUUUUCAAUGCACUUGUUUGUACAUAAUUCAAUCUUACAACACUUUUUACACUCUUCCGUCAGUUGUCGUUCGGACACACAAGACUGCGUAAAAUAAUGCAUAACUGGAAUGUAAAACUCUAUGGGGUGGCAAAUGGAUCUAACUCAUGUGUCAGACACCCAAGAUUGUGUGAUUCAAGUUGUUUUACUGCACCGCAUACAUGUCCUUUUUAUUCAAAUGUGCCAAAAAAAAAGACAAAUAAUAAUGAUUAAUAAUUGUUCUGGAUGACCUGUUAUUUUAAUUUGGUACACUAAAGCACUGAAUGUUCUUAGUUUGUACAGAAAUCUCGCACAAAUGUUGACGUGUGGCCUUAUGUUGCUUUUUGUCUUUGUUUUAAUCCUGUUUUUAUUUGAUUUAUUUGUCACGACUGUGCUGAUAUGAUUGUACGGCUGCUUAUGGAGAGGUUCUCACAUGCAUAGCGUGUGAUGCUAACAGUUUAGUACUGUACUGUCAUAUCUAGUAUACACUAACCAGUGUGCUAAUGUGCAUUGAGUGGUUUAGUUUGCAGGCCGAACCCACUUUUGAUGGGUUUUAACAUUAUCUAACGGCAUUGAUUCACAGCAGGAUUGUGAAUUCAUUUCAUUCCGUUCCUGUAGACGUUUUUUAUAUAUAUGUAUAUAUAGGGUUGUUGUUUUUUUGGACCGACUGAUGGAAAUGUUCAGCAUAAUGAUUGAAUCAAUAUUUAUCUUUCAUGAAAGGUCUUAACUAAGACUAGGUGUUAGAAAACCAAACCAUUCUGUUAUAUUGUUGGUGCGAUAAAAAACAAAACAAAUCAGGUGGGAUUAUCUUUGACUGAAUUGUUUGAACGAUAUUUCCAUGGAUGAAGAUGAAUAGCAUCAUGUGCUGGAGUAAUAAUCAUUUUCAAAAUACUUUUAUACUGUUAUGUAUGCUUGUGGUGACUGAUCUGAAGUUUUUCUCUGUCCCGGGUCAGUAUUAAAAGCAGUUUGCCAAAUUAUAUAUUUUACCGGAUCAUUGGAGCCAUUUCCGUGUUUUGCGAAUGAGGGCUAAAUGGUUUGAUUGGUAAAUUAUUUUAAAUACUAGAAAUCAAUCAUUUUUGGACUUGUUUGUAAGAGGUUGCGACAUGCCACAUUUUGUAUACGCCUGGAGUCUGUGUGGCAUUUUAAGAUGUCACGAAUCUUAGUCUGUGAGCAUUCCCACUUAAGAUGCGAUCAUAUUUGCGAAAUCUUUUUAAAAAUAUACAAUUUAAUUGGCAAAACCAGUCCAUUGGAAACAGUGUAGCGAUGUUGAAGUCACUUUCAAACCAAGCGACUUUUUGUUGGUCAAAGCACUCAGUAUGGAUGAAUCCGUUGCGAAAUCUGCAUUGGAAAAUCCUUUGCCCUCAAUUCAAUUCCCAGUAUUGAAAUGAUUCAAUUUCGCCAGCAAAAAUUUGCCAAACUAUGGUAGCUAAAUGUGACUACAACUUUAAUUAUUUUAAGGCAGUAUGUGGCUGUAUACGGGUAGAGGCUUUGUUGCCUGAUGAAAAAACGGCCUUCCUUUUGUGCUCUUGAUUUCAGUAGGAAUUGUACCAAUUUGUAAUUUUAGGUGCUUGCCUGUCGAGAUAUAAACUUGCACACCUGUUCUCUCCCAUUCAAACACCUCUUGAGUAGUUUGAGUGAUGUAUCGUCGGUGUUUGGGAUGGAAAUAUGUGCACAGCCCUGAAUACACAGUAGCUGACUUCUUAUAUCCGCUAGAAUGGUACUAGGCUACUGGAAACAAAUGUUAUCUGGCCAUUUCGAGGCACAAACAUGGGUUAUUUAACUGUAAAUGAGCACGAUAGAUAACUGUACAGUGUGUGUUCUCUAAUCUCUCCAGCACGUCUCUCUCUUUUAUUUUCUUUCAGGCGCUGUGCAGUCAUAUUGUUCAAGUAACAUGUUCGAUUUCAAUUGCAUUUAAUAAAUUUUGCAUGGCCUCAUGUGCA